CUGUAUUCGAAUGAGGUCGAUACUGGACUUCAGACGUCCCCAUAAGACUUAAGAGCUCUUCUUUUUUUCAUGUCAAACUGCAGACAAAAAACACGAGAAUUUUGCUGUUGUUUUCGAGACAUUCCUCGAUGUCGAAAUGACGUUCGACACACCGAAUCUGACUUACAUGGCCCUGUACCUGGUGGGGGCCAGUAUGGUGGCUUCGACACCGCGCUCUGCCACCCACUGGAAGCUUCAGAAGGGAGAGGACGGUGUCGUUCUCGUCCAGCCGAGCCUGGCCGAGGAUGCGGCCAAAGUGGCCAGCGAAGACCCGGUACUCACGAUCUUGACACAGCAAAACAACUACGACGUUGUGGACCAGGAAGGAAACCGUGGAGAUAGAAUACCUCAUGAAGGAGAGUGUGUUUCGUGUGAGAAAUUGGAAGGGAAUGAACGACCAAAAUUCCAACCAGUUAAACACAAGAAUUUAGAUGCACUGGAGUGUACCAAGCAUGUGAAUAAAACAGCCUAUGAUUCUUUAUCGGGCAUCAUUGAUCGAGCUAAGCACCCAAGCAUCCCGGAACCAGAGGUUGCACUUAUUUUUAAGAGGAGUGACAGUGAUCAGGUGGACAUGUCAGCUCUGGAGAAGUCGCUCAGGGAAAGGAUAAUAGAGACUCCCAAUUCUCUGGCUGUCCUGAACCAAGUGGGCAACUACUGGCGAAUCAAGGGCAACACCUUCCUGGCCAUUGAGUGCUUCCGGAAGGCCCUGUCCAUCUCACCCACCAACCCGGACAUCUUGCUGAACCUUGCCCGGGUCCUCUUCAAUGCCCAGCGGCUGCCUGACGCACUUCUCCUAACCCAGAAGUCCCUGCAGCACAAGGCGCCCGACCAGAAUGCCUGGUUACAGCACUUCACCCUGGGUGAGGUGCACAAGGCGCUGGGCCACUACCCAGAGGCCGGCACCCACUUCCGGCACUCGCUGGACCUCAACCCGACCUUCCAACCGGCAGAGGCACACCUGCGGGACAUGGAGCAGCCACUGGGGGCCACCAAUGCCACCCUCUACACCAUCCUCAUCAUCGGGGUGCUGAUCUCCGCUGUCUGCGUGGUGCUGUACUAUGUGACGGAGGCCUACCUGAAAGAGAGCAACCAGCACCCACGGCGGUCGCCCAAGCUGGCUGUACCCUGGGACCGGGUUCGAUUCCCCAUUCCCCCACGACUGAUGAAAAACAAAAGAGGUGGGACCUGUUAAUUAGUUGGUUUAUUGAACUUGCGCACUGCAUUUAAAAGCCCUGCUAGAUGCAAGAAGGGCCUCAAAGCAAUGAAAAAGUGUGUUUAAAAGGCUUCAAAGAUGUGGGAAGUGUGUCUAGGCAGUGAAAAGGAAGUUAAUGAGGUAAGAAUGGAAGUAUUUUUCCACACUCUCUGCAGACCAAUCAUCUUUCUAAAAGAUACUUGAAGCGCAAGGUUUUUAAAACUUGAUAAAACCAGCACAGAAUUUUCAAAAGUCAGAAAUUUCAAUUGUUCAGAUGAUACAAAUCCUUCGGAGGAUCCAUUAUUUUCUUUCUCUAAAUUUCACGAGUGUAGCCUACAAACAGUACGCUGAGAACAGGGGUAUGGAGCCAUGUGGGUUUGCCAAAAAUAUUAGAAAUGAAGCUAAAACCAAGCAAGGAAAUUAUCCUUGGGGGGGGGUUGGUUGCUUUUUCCAGUUGGAGUUGUCUGGGAGGGGAAGAGAGUCUGGUUUUUGACAGAAAAAAAAGGAGUACUCUCUAUUUGCUUGUUAAAAAUGAUGGGGGAAAUGCAAACGAGCAGUAUAAACAGUGAGUGGCUGACGAGACUUAGCCAAGCAUUACCCCAAGUGGAGUGUUUGGUUAAAUGCUUCAUGUCUGGGUUCAUCUAUCACGGAAGACAGAAACAAGAGACAGACUCGGUUCACUUCAGUUCUGGCAAGUUGGGGAUCAAAUCUGAAUUCACAGAACUCUACUCCAUGGAUCUUGUAAUGCACGCUGGGCUUUUGUGCCGCUAGUUGAAACCUCAAGAUUCGUUUAUUUUAUUUUGUUAACUUGGUCUCUGCCACUGAGUUAGAUCUUGCAAUUUAACUGAAAUGGAAAUUAUGCAUAACAUAUUGAUUUUCUUUUUCAAUUAAUGACAAACCACAAUGUACACCUCAGGAAACUGCUUAAUGGAACUGACUCUGACAUACACCUGCUAAAUACUAUCUGUUGCUGUCAUGAGAAAUGUUGUAUUUGUUAAGGAUGUAUGAAAGGAAAGGUUUAAAUUUUUCACCCGUGUUUAAAUUCGGUUUUAUUUACUGAAAUAAAACUAUUUUAGAAAUUGGAA